AUGGGAGGUCUGGCAGGCUGGCAGGAUCAGGCCUUGCACUUGUUGGGCUCGAAACAGGGGCAUGGAGGCGCUGGACCAAGAGCUGGAGCAAGGGGGAAUUGGGCCAUCGCGCGACAUGGGCUUGCGCUAGGCAAGCUGGCCACGUGCUCCAGUUUGGGGCGGUCUGGCGCAUCACCUGGGCCUCGCAUGCGUAGCGGGCCUCGCUGGGCGCUAGAGCUGGGCUGGAAUUCGCGCUGGGCUGGAGGCGCGAGAUGGGCUGCGCGCGCUGGGCUGCUUCUUCUUUUUUUUUUUCUGCUGUUGCUCCACUCAACGACCAUGUCUUCUGAAAGAAGGAGCCGAUCACCAAGCUCGCAAGUACCCUUGUACCUAUGGGGUGGCUCUCAAGUUCCCAAAGAGAAGUUUGUGGCCAAUCUGCACCGUGUCACCACCGAGGCCCAGUUCAAAACAUGGCGUGCCCUUUUCAAUUUCGCCAUUCCCAAGGACGUACAUGUCAAGUUAGCAGAGCCCUCAUCCGACAGCGUACCACGGGUGGAUUCGAACAAUCCAGGUGCCAGGAUCAUCACGUUCCGCCCCUUCUAUUUCUCGCUAGGCUUCACGUUUCCGAUGUCGAAAUUUUUCAGGGAUGUGCUUUGCGCCAUGGAGUGUGCCCCGAGCCAGUGUACUCCAAACGUUUAUCGAGCGGUCAUCUGCUUUGAAAAUUUGAGUCACUUCUUCAAGCUAGAUUUGACAGUGCAGGAAUUCUUCUAUUUCUUCGAGGUGAGACGCUUCGAGAAGUAUGCCCAACUUCGUGCGCGCAAACCCAAGUUGUUUGAUAGUUUAAGUCAAGGCGAUCAUGUGUGGAGCAAGGAUGUGCUGGAGGCAGCUGCUGUAUCGACCUCCGAUUUUCGGCCGGAGACGACGGCGAUGGCUCGGGUUUUAAAAAGGAAGAUUGAGUCGUGA